UUUCUGGAAAGAGAAGGAAAAUAUAUUUAACAAAGAGAGAAAAGAAUUGUACAAUCAGUAUUAGAAUCAGUGUAUAGAAAUAGAAUCCACCAUGAGGCUGGAAUCUUUCUGGGAUUAGCAAGGAAAAGUAGAUAACUUUAUUGUGUCCUCAAAAUAGCAGACUAACAGUGGUGUUUUGAAAUAGGUUGGAACAGUAAGACUAAGCAUAGGAGAAGAGCAGGGCAUGGACAGAGAGAGUAAUGGGGGCAAGAGGGAAGAGGGAAGAAAUUAGGGAGAGACACACACAUAUGUACAAAGUCCAAGCACAAAAUCACGCCCCACCCCCCACCACCCGCCAGCAGAUCCAAGAAAUGCGUCGAUACGUCUCCUUUCGUCUGAUCAUGCGCCCCAUCACCCAUGGCCCAUGCAUGCAUUUCUACAAGGCACCUCUGUCUCUCUUUCCAUUCAAAUCCAAAAUUAUACUGAUUUAGUGAUUUUUUUUCCACAAAUAAAACAUGGGUUUAAUGAUUUUCCUCUGUUUUAACUCUAAAUUUGAUUGAUAGGACACAGUGUGAAAAAACAUGUAUCUGAAAAGGGUAAAAAGAGAAUAUAUAGAAGGUGUAAGGUUUAGGGGGGUUUGGUCUAGAGUCUACUCAGCCCACAGCUGGGGUCUGGGUGUGAGUGGUGACGCAGUGGUAUCUUCGCUAUAUCUAUAUAAGUAGGGUGCCUCACAGUCAUUGUCUCGUCUUGUUCUUCACUCACUCACGUACCAUGCGUUACCUCUUAACAAAGACAAAUGCUGUCAGCACACCUCCCACCCCUCUAUUUAAAAGUAGUAAUUGUGCCCCUUGACUCCAUUGCUCAUCCCUUCUUCACUCUCACCGAUGAUUCCCGCUCCAACACACCAUCACCGUCGUCACAGAUCUUUCCUUUCGUUUAAAGCCAGCUGAAUCUUGGGUUUUUUCCUUUUAUUGGUAGUUUUGUAACAUUGUUUGAGAAGAAGGUCAGAGGGAGAGAGAGAGAGAGAGAGAGAGAGAGAGAGAGGCGGAAGGAGGAUGAUGAAUGGAGUGAUUGAUGGAGAGUACUCAGACAUGGUUUGGAGAUGAAGGAGCGUCAGCGUUGGCAACCAGAAGAAGACGCACUACUGAGAGCCUACGUGAAGCAGUAUGGAGCCAAGGAAUGGAACCUCAUCUCCCACCGCAUGGGCAAGUCCCUUGACCGCGACCCCAAGUCCUGCCUCGAGCGCUGGAAGAACUACCUCAAGCCCGGCAUCAAGAAGGGUUCUCUCACCCUAGAGGAGCAGAACUUGGUCAUUUCUCUUCAGGCCAAGUACGGCAACAAGUGGAAGAAGAUCGCCUCUGAAGUCCCCGGCCGUACUGCCAAGCGUCUCGGCAAGUGGUGGGAAGUUUUCAAGGAAAAGCAGCUCAAGCAGCUCCACAAGACCACCCAUCUCCGCCACGACCACUCUGACUCCCCCUCCUCCAACGCCGUCGCCGCGGCCUCCGCUUCCUCCCCAGACCACGGUAAAUACGACCACAUCUUGGAGACUUUCGCUGAGAAGUACGUUCAGCCCAAGCUGCUAGCCUUUCAGCCCCUUCCUCUGCCCAUAAUGCCCAACCUCUCCCUCUCCGACCCACCUCCGGUGCUCUCUCUCGGCUCCGUCGGUAUCUCGGAUGCCGGCGUGCCUGUGGGUUCAACCACGCCCUCCCCAGUCCUCCCUGCGUGGAUGAACGCCACAAACAUGGGUUCAACGACGUCAUCUAUAUCCUCCUCCUCCUCCACGCCUUCUCCUUCGGUAAGCCUCUCCUUGUCCCCCUCGGAACCGGCCGUCCUGGACCCAGUCCAUCCAGAGGCGUCCCGGCUGAUGCCGGUCCAACAAAUGGGGACCCUGAUACAGUACUGCAAAGAGCUAGAGGAAGGAAGGCAGAACUGGGUGCAACACAAGAAGGAAGCGACAUGGAGGCUGAGCCGACUAGAGCAACAACUGGAGUCCGAGAAGUCGAGAAAAAGGAGAGAGAAAACGGAGGAGAUAGAAGGAAAGAUAAGGUGUCUGAGAGAGGAAGAGAUGGCCCAUCUGGGGAGGAUUGAGAGCGAGUACAGAGAGCAGCUGAUUGCAGUACAGAGAGACGCCGAAAGCAAAGAAGCCAAGCUAAUGGAAACAUGGUGCAGCAAGCAUGUGAAGCUGGCAAAGCUUGUGGAGAAAAUUGGAAUCCACACUCCCACUCAGGCCUUCACCCUACCAAAAGAUUUGCACUAAGCCCUAAACCCCUUCCAAUCCCCAUCAUCCAUCAUCUCUCAACCCCUCAUUCCCUUCUUACAUAUUAAAUGUAUGAUUGUUGCUUUAAUUUUGAUCUGCUUCUGCAGCUGCUACUGCUACCUCUACCUCCCUCCGCAUCAUAAUUUUUCAAUAACAUAGAUGUGUUUUUUCGUUUC